GUAUUUGUGGACACACCAGGGUUCGACAAUGUUUCCCAACCAGAUCAAGAUGUUCUUCAGGCCAUCGGUGAAUGGCUACGAAAUAAGUAUCUGCCACACGUAAGGAUUACAGGUGUUAUCUACACACAUCGCAUAACCGACCGCCACAUGUCUGACACGGUGCGGGAGAACCUCACCGAGUUCUGUCGGUUAUGUGGGGAGAUGGCCCCACAGCAAGUGCGACUGGUGACUACCUGGUGGGACAAUGCAGAAAAUGCAGAAACAGCGUCGAAUUGGGUCUCGCGGUUGGAGGGAAACUUGUGGAAACCUUCCACUGCAGCAAACGCCCGACACGAACGGUUUUCCAAUACGCAGAAGUCGGCUUUGGAUGUCGUAAAUAGAUUGGUGGGGAAAGAUGCCCUCCUGACCUCGGAAGAGCUGGAACGUGCACAAAAACAGCUGAAC